CACACACACACACACACACUCUCUGACAGCUCCAGCGGUAUGUUUGGAGUUUCACAGCGUGUUUGCGCGCGAGUGGAGCAGCUCCACAGGAACAGAAGAGCGUCUUCACAGCAGAUCUGACUGAGUUUACUGGAGAUUACAUCAAGAUGAGUAAAGCAACACUCUCCGCCAUUUUCAUCGCAUUACUGCUGAUGUCCAGUGCAGCCAAACCAAAUGGAAAGAGCAAAAAAGCAAAACAAGUUGUGCCAGCUGUAGACUGUGACAUGCGCGCAGGGAAGGUCAAUCUGCCUGAGUUUAUGGUCAAGUGUCCCGCAAACUGCAGAGAGACCAAGGAGAAGGUGUACGGUACCGCAGUAUUCGCCUCCAUAUCCAGCAUCUGCAACGCUGCCAUUCACAGUGGAGUGAUCACCAACUCUGGAGGAAAGGUGAUCGUGGCCAAAACAGCAGGACAGGCAAUCUACAAGGGCAGCUUCGCCAACGGUGUGCGCUCUCUGUCCUUACCCAACUGGAGAGAGUCCUUUUCUGUCUCAGUUGGUAAACCAAAGAAAGGGGUGAUCUAUCCAUCCACUCUGGUCUUCGUCACUUCAAGACCCACCACAGGUAAAACAGCUGAGUCCAAAGAGCUGCUGUACACCACUGCAUCACCAGUGACAGAGGCUGCAGAGGCGGAGCCAAGUACCACUACCUCCCCGCCCACCACCACCACUCCGGCGACCACGACCACACCCACCACAACAUCAGCCAAACCACGGGCCACCGUUCAUAGAGUCCGCGAGGCAGGCAGCAGUCACCCGUAUUUCAGCUCUGUUGCACGACAGUCUCAGAGCGUCCAAGGGAAGGCGCCCACUCAAGCAUUCAGAGGGAGCUCCGUCUAUGCCAGUAGGUUUUUACCCCGCACAAAUGCAGGUGUGCAGCGUCCAGAGACGAGCGGUACCGUCCGCAGACAGCCCCCUCCGUCAGCUCCAGCUUCAGGAGCGUUCAGUCGAGGUCAUCCGCCGUCUGAGAGGAAGCAGCACACGCCGCAGUCUAAUCCCGUGUUUGCCAGAAGAGAUUGGACGCACCCUGCGUACUCGCGGCCUGAUUGGUUCUCUGGCAGCAGAAGGCCAACAGACAGUAGCCAGUCUGUGCCCAACACAGGCUAUAAGUGGAGCCGCAUGAGCACCGGUGACCCCGCAGUUUUUGACCCAGUGCCUGAUAGAACAGAGUAUGAGCACUGGCCGCAUAACAGUCAGCAGUUCUCCCCUGAGUCUGAAGAAAACAAGCCUGUGCCUGAGACGAGCCACACCAGAGAGACGCCUGCAGAGUCAAACCCAUUUGAGUCAGGCUUCACGUCUCGAGUUAUCGACACCACAGCCAGAGCUCCUGAAGUCCCGUCUCAAGGAGAUCCAAACUGUAAAGUGGACAUGGCGUUCCUCAUGGACGGCAGCUGGAGCAUCGGGAAACGCCGCUUCAAGAUCCAGAAGGAUUUCCUAGCGGAGGUUUCUCAGGCGCUCAAUGUGGGCGUGGCUGGAGCCAUGAUGGGCAUCAUUCAGUACGGGGAUGAUCCAGUGACAGAGUUCAGUCUGAAACAGUUCUCCAGCUCUAAGGACCUGAAGACGGCCAUCAGUAAGAUCGUGCAGAAGGGCGGCCCGUCACAUGUGGGGAAGGCUCUGUCCUACAUCAACAAGCAGUUCUUCAGUGAUGCCAACGGGAACCGCGGUGGGGCGCCCAACGUGGCUGUGGUGCUGGUGGACGGCUGGCCAACAGACCGCGUGGAGGAAGCCUCGCGCCUCGCCAGAGAGUCCGGCAUCAACAUCUUCUUCGUCACCAUCGAGGGUCCAGACGACAACGAGAAGCAGAACGUGGUGGAGAGCAACUUUGUUGACAAGGCGGUGUGCAGGACCAACGGCUUCUUCUCGCUCCCUAUAGCGAGCUGGUUCGCUCUGCGUAAAGCUGUGCAGCCGCUGGUGAAGCGUGUGUGUGACACGGACCGGCUGGUGUGCAGUAAAACCUGCCUGAACGCCAACGACAUCGCCUUCGUCAUCGACGGCUCCAGCAGCGUCGGCACCGGAAACUUUCGCACCGUGCUGCAGUUCGUGGCUAACGUGACGCGGGAGUUCGAGAUCUCGGACACGGACACCCGCGUGGGCAUCGUGCAGUACACCUAUGAGCAGCGGCUGGAGUUCGCUUUCGGACAGCACAACAACAAAGCCGACCUGCUGAACGCCAUCAAACGCAUUAACUACUGGAGCGGAGGAACCAGCACCGGAGCCGCCAUCACCUACGCCGCAGACCAGCUCUUCAGCAAGUCCAAACCCAACAAACGCAAGAUCAUGAUCGUCAUCACGGACGGACGCUCUUAUGAUGACGUGCGGGCCCCGGCGCUGGCUGUGCACCGUACAGGUGUGAUCGCGUACUCCAUCGGUAUCGCCUGGGCGGCGCAGGACGAGCUGGAGUACAUCGCCACUGACCCCGACAGAGAGCACUCCUUCUUCGUGGAUGAGUUUGACAACCUCUACAAGUAUGUUUCUAAAAUCAUCCACAACAUCUGCAAUGAGUUCAACUCACAGCCCAGAAACUGAAGCAGGACCCCCCAACAGACCAGCAGCACACAGAUGGAGAGACCGAGACCCUAAUGAAGACUUCAGAAGAGGAAGAACAUUCCACAGAUAAUAUUUUACAACUCAAAGAAGACCCACAUGAGCAAAUACAUUAGUAUCUUAUAGUAAACACUGUUUUUAACCCAUACUAAAGUGAAGUGCUAAUCACUGUAGCUGAUUUGUUACCAUAACAGCUAGUCAUUUUGUGGCAAUUCUAUGGUUGCUAUGGUAACACAACUACUAUAGUAAUUAAUGUGUUGUGGCGAUUCUACAGUUGCUAUGACAACACAACUACUAUAGUAAUUGAUGUGUUGUGAUUCUACAGUUGCUAUGACAACACAAUUACUAUAGUAAUUGAUGUGUUGUGGUGAUUCUACAGUUGCUAUGGUAACACAACAGCUAGAGUAGUUGAUGUGUCAUAAUGAUUUUACAGUUGCUAUGGCAACACAACAACUAUAGUAAUUGAUCUGUUGCGGUGAUUCUGCAGUUGCUAUGCUAACACAACUACUAUAGUAGUUGAUGUGUUGUGGUGAUUCUACAGUUGCUAUGGUAACACAACAACUACAGUAAUUAAUGUGUUGUGGUGAUUCUACAGUUGCUAUGGUAACACAACAACUAUAGUAAUUAAUGUGUUGUGGUGAUUCUACUGUUGCUAUGGUAACACAACUACUGUAGUAAUUGAUGUGUUGUGGUGAUUCUACAGUUGCUAUGGUAACACAACAACUAUAGUAAUUAAUGUGUUGUGGUGAUUCUACAGUUGCUAUGGCAACACAACAGCUAGAGCAGUGGUGCUCAACCCUGUUCCUGGAGAUCGACCUUCCUGCAAAGUUCAGCUCCAACCCUGAUCAAACACACCUGAACCAAUUAAUCAGGACCUGAACAGAACUUGAUAAUUACAGGCAGGUGUGUUUGAUAUGGGUUGCAACUGAAAUCUGCAGGAAGGUCGAUCUCCAGGAACAGGGUUGGUCACGUCUGAGCUAGAGUAAUUGACGUGUUGUGGUGAUUCUACAGUUGCUAUGGUAACACAACUGUUAUAGUAAUCUAAACAAAUAACCCAAAACACCACAGUUUACCAUAGUAAAAACUAACAGUUACUAAAUAUACUCUAAUAUACACAGUAUAAUACACUUUACUACAGUAUGGUUCAAAACACUGUAGUGUUUACUAUAAAUGACUGUAAUGUGGGAAUACAGUGGAAAUGUGGAUGAUGGCAGCAAGUGUGUGUUCAGUGAUUUAUAUUAAAGCAUGAUAGACUUUACGGUUCCUGUUAAUAAGAGAAAACACACACUUACAGCUUUUGCUUACAUAAAUACUAUUUAUAUGUUACAUGCUGAACACGAUCAAGCUACAUGAAUACUAAUAUCACUGUCCAUAUUGAAAACAUAUAGCUAAUUUUCAUGCAUACGUAUCAAAUCCCAACCAAAAUGUGUUUAUUUGUGAAUGAAAUAUAUUAAAUGAGGUGUUUAUUGAAUGUUCAGGCGCUAAUGUGGAGCUACGAGUGUUAAAGCAUGCUGGAACUGAUAGAUUUACAAGAUACUUUUCAAUGCACAAAGCUGAUUAUUAUUGCAGACUUUUGAUAAAUACAUUUUAAACAAAGCAGAUUUACAGAGGAGUUCAUCUAAAGGAGAAGGGCAGCGUUUCAGAAGCUCCUGUUCUGUGGUUUCACCACGAUGAUUGACUGUUCUGACUGAUCUUAAAUACACACCUACCAAGUAUUGUUCCCUCUCGUCAGCUUAAAAUUCAUUUAUUAUCACUCUUUUUGUAUUUGUAUAUAGAAAAAUGCUUGUAUUUGUAAGACAGACUCAACUGAUGACAUAUUUUUAAUAAAAUGAUUACUGAAAACCA